AUGGGUGCGCCGAAGCAGAGGUGGACGUCGGAGGAGGAAGCCGCGCUCAAGGCCGGCGUGGCCAAGCACGGGCCGGGAAAGUGGCGGACCAUCCUCCGCGACACGGACUUCAGCGCCGUCCUGCGCCUCCGAUCCAAUGUUGACCUCAAGGACAAGUGGCGCAACUUGAGUGUUACUGCUGGAGGAUAUGGCUCAAGAGAAAAGGCAAGAAUGGCGUUGAAGCAAGGCAAGCGUGUUCCCAAGGUUAACACUGAACCAAUGGACGUUGAUGCAGAUAAUCUGGACAAUGUUCAUGAUACAGUCAUUGAUGCAAAACCAUUGGCAGUGGUUGUUGAACCCAGCCAGCGUGAAUGCAGUUCAGAGAAGUCAGUUGCUAGGAUGCCUCGGCAUCGUGGGCUGAAAGCCUCAAACGCUGGCCACAACGCCCACUAUGGCUGGCUUUACGACACCUUCCAGUCUAGCCUCCUGACACUCCAGCUCGCGGUGGUACGCUUCGUCCCGGUCCCCACGGGCUUGUACAUGUCCCACGCCGUCUCCCGAAAGCUGCUUAUCGAGUUCGAGCCUUCGAGGUUGUUAUCCUCACCCCCUACACGCAUGCCGUGGUGUAGCAGGGCCUGGGGAGCCCAAGACCAGCUUGAUGAUCUCAUAUUGGAAGCUAUAAAGAAGCUUAAGGAGUCUUCUGGAUCAAAUAAAACGGCCAUCGCUUCAUACAUUGAGGAGCAAUACUGGCCACCUGCUGAUUUUCAACGCUUACUAUCAACAAAAUUGAAGGCACUGGUUGUUACUGGAAAAUUGAUGAAGUCCAACCAAAAAUACAGAAUUGCACCGAGUUCAGUCUCGCUAGGUGGAAGGAGCACCAAGGUGCACUCAACCGAAGACGACAAACAAAAUAUUUGUAUUAGACAACUAACUAAGCCUCAAGUGGAUGCUGAACUCGAUAUGAUGACACACAUGAAUAAGGAAGAGGCAGCAGCAUUUGCUGCCAAGGCAGUUGCUGAGGCAGAAGUUGCCAAUGCGGAGGCCGAAGAAGCAGCAAGGGCUGCAGAAGCUGCAGAAGCUGAGGCUGAAGCUGCAAAGGCUUUUCUCGAUGCCGUCAUGUUGACUGUGCAAAACAAAAAUGCUGCCUCUGCGGUACAUUGA